AUAAAAAAAUUCAAACGCAAACAAUUUUAUUGAAAAAAUUCCCAUUCUGUGUGACAACCAAAUUUUGACAGAUGAGUAGAAAAAUCCAUCAAUGUAAAUUCAAAAUACCAUCCCUGUUCGAAUUUGCUCGUUAAAUAUUUCGAACAAUUGUUACCAGCGUCGAAAAAUAAAUGUCAUUCGAUUCGAUAUCGGUUCGGUUGGUUGGUUCGGUGUCGGUCGGUUCCCUCGGCCAAGUCAAAAAGGAAAAAAGAAAUAUCAAAUUGGAAAGAAAAAAGAACAAAUUCGCAAAAAUAACUGCACUGCAUAUGGCGAGUUUUUGUUCAGUUUAAAAAAUUUUAAUACACGAUUUAUUACAAUUGCUGGUGUCUGUCGUGUCUGUCUGUGAUUUAAAUCCUGCAAAAAAUAAAGAAAACUAAAAGAAUUUUCGCCUCAUCGUAUUUGCCACAAGAAGAGCAAGAGAGGAUCUUGUUCAGAAAAGGUUUUCCAUUUCCAUCAACCAUCAAGUGAAGUUUAUUGAAUUUACAAAUCGCAAUCUCCUUCGCCUUCGCCAGUCUUCAAAGAAAUGGAGAGCCCAUGUGAAUCAGAAAGUUCAUUAGAUGGUGGAAGCAUGCUCCCACCAAGUCCGGUUUCUCGGGAACAAUUACAGAAGAGAAUCGAAAGUUUAACCCAACAAAAUAAAGUAUUGAAAGCUGAGCUUGAUACAUUUAAAAUUCGAGUUAAGGUUGUGCAAGAAGAAAAUCGGACUCUAAAGCAGGCCUCUGUUAUAAUUCAAGCAAAAGCCGAACAGGAAGAAGAAUACAUCUCGAACACGCUUCUUAAGAAAAUCCAAGCCCUUAAAAAAGAAAAAGAAACCCUAGCUCAUCACUAUGAGCGAGAAGAAGAAUGUCUAACAAAUGACUUGUCUCGCAAGUUAGAUCAGCUUCGACAAGAAAAAUGCAAACUAGAACAAACACUCGAACAAGAGCAAGAAUGCCUUGUUAAUAAGCUAAUGCGUAAAAUAGAAAAACUAGAAGCCGAAACGCUUAGCAAACAAACAAACCUAGAACAAUUACGCCGCGAAAUGGUUGAAUUGGAAAAUACACUCGAACAAGAGCAAGAGGCUCUUGUGAAUAAGCUAUGGAAGCGAAUGGAUAAAUUGGAGACGGAAAAACGUUCCUUACAAAUAAAAUUGGAUCAGCCAGUAUCUGAUCCAACAACUCCACGAGAUAUAACUAAUUCAAAUGGAGAUACUGCCAGCAAUUUAAGUGCUCACAUUCAGACAUUACGUUCUGAAGUUUUAAGACUACGCGCUAAUUUGUCAGCAGCGCAAAAAGAGACUAAUAAAAAAAUGCAACAAUUUGCUCAGGAAGAAAAAAGCAUUCGUGAGGAGAAUUUACGAUUGCAGCGUAAAUUGCAGCUUGAAGUUGAAAGACGGGAGGCCCUCUGUAGACAUCUAUCCGAGUCGGAGUCUUCGCUUGAAAUGGACGAAGAGAGGUUCUAUAAUGAGAAUAUUCUUGUUAGCUAUGGUGGGGGUGGAAGUGGAUCGGGUGGUUCUGGAAGUGGAGGAGGAGGCGCCUCCUCACAUCGUCAGCGCACAAUCAGCAGUCCAGUGCCACAUAGUCCAUCGAAUAGUCGUCCGUUAAGUCCAGGCACAGCUGCUCAGCAAAAUCGUUGCUACGCAUGUGGUCAAAUGAUGAAUCGACGUACAAGUGAAAGGUUUGUUAAGCCCGCUUUGCCCACGCCACUAUUUGGAUUAAAUACUUCAGCGCCAAAUGUGCUAACCAAUCAUCAGCUACUUGUCGGUGGCGGUCCAUCUCAAACAUUCUCAGGAACAACAGCAGCCGGUUCAUCUCUAAGUAGUAGCAUGCUAUCAAAUUUGAAUACCAGCGGUGGCGGUGGUGGUGGUGUUGGUGGUUUAGGAGAACGACAAAACACCGCAAGCACUCUUAAUAAUUCAAAUGUAUCCAAUCCGAUGAAUAUUAGCCUAAAUAAUUCGUCCAGCAGUUCUUCGAGCAGCAUUAUGAAUACGAGCAACUCUUCGCUAUCGGCGUUCCCAUCAAAUAUAGGAAACACAUCGACAUCUUUUGCUCAGCCAGCUAGCCCAAUGGACACAACUGUUUAUAAAGAAUAAUCAAUAAAAGACAACAACUUCUUAUCUAGCUACAAAGAAAAAAUAUUUAUAUAUAUUUCAAUUUCUUAUACAAAUUUUAAAACAAAGCAAACAGAAUAAUAAAAUUGAGCAUAAAUCGCAAUUGCGAACCUAUUAUCCAUACUACUACUCCACACAAAAACACUUAUACAAACAAAAAAAUCGAUAAACACGAAAAAAGAAAGAUAUGAGAUAUAUACGAAAUAAUUAAAAAUGCUUUGGCUUGAAAUUAAACAAAACAAAACAAAAAAAAAGUUAAAAUAAAUAAAAAUAAGAAUGUAACUUCAUUAUUUCAAAAAUAAAACUUAAAAUAAAAAAGGAAAACAUACACGUGAUCGCUAAACCUUGUGACAUAGUAGAUAGCAAGUAAAUCAUUUCUAAUUUAUACAGACAUGGCUGUACAAUUAAAAAAAAUUAAAAACAAAUUACAUAUUUAAACAAAAUUAUCUAAUAAUAAUAAAAGUAAUAAUAAAUUACAAAAAUUCAAAUUAA